AUGUCGGCAAGCAUAGGUUCCUCGACGAGAGGGUCUGAAUGGGAGGGUGAUCCAACGAUUUAUCAGACCCGGUUUGCUCAACAAGAUGUCGAAGAUAGACUCGAAACUACCUCUCAAGACGAGGCCGUGAACCAUCUCGUCCGGUCUUACAGCCUGGGGUUGGUCCGCACCACCUCACGCGUGGAUCCGAGUAUUAAUCCGUUUCUUUCGACACAUCCGGAACUGGACCCGAGUAGCCUUGAGCAAUUCAAUGCAAAGAAGUGGGCUCGAGCUCUUCUUCAACACUCGACCAACCACCCGGACAAAUAUCCCCGUCCAACGGCGGGCGUCUCGUACCGCGACUUGUCCGUGUAUGGGCAAGGUCUCGGUUCUUCCGACUAUCAGAAGGACGUUCUAAACGUCUUAUACCAGGGCCCUGAACUUCUCAAACGAUGGAUCCGUCAGCGUUGGAGCAAAGUUCCCAUUCUCGAUAACUUCGAGGGCCUCGUUAGGAGCGGCGAGUUGUUGUUGGUGCUAGGGCGUCCGGGCAGUGGUGUCUCGACACUUCUGAAGACAAUUGCUGGAGAAACCAAAAACCUCCAAGUUGACCCGAAUGCGCGGAUCUGUUACCAAGGCAUCUCGAGUGACGUUAUGCACCGGACGUUCCGCGGCGAAGUAAUCUACCAGGCCGAAAACGAUGUCCACUUCCCACAUCUCACCGUGGGCCAAACCCUCCUAUUCGCCGCACUCGCCCGCACCCCCCAGAACAGGCUCCCCGGUGUUAGCAGGCAGCGGUAUGCGGAACACCUCCGUGAUGUCGUAAUGGCAGUUUUUGGAAUAUCUCAUACGAUUAAUACCAAAGUCGGGGACGACUUUGUCCGUGGUGUUAGUGGUGGAGAGCGCAAGCGUGUGAGCAUCGCGGAGGUCACCUUGAACCAGAGCCUUAUCCAGUGUUGGGAUAAUAGUACACGUGGCUUGGAUAGCGCGACUGCCCUCGAAUUUGUGCGGACACUUCGCCUCGGUACGGACUUGGCUGGGAUCUCUGCCAUCGUUGCUAUGUACCAAGCAUCUCAGCAAGCAUAUGAUGUAUUUGACAAAGUAGCAGUCCUGUAUGAGGGGCGACAAAUCUAUUUUGGUCCCAAGGAUGAAGCUAAACAGUAUUUCGUUGACAUGGGCUAUCAUUGUCCAGACCGUCAGACAACCGCCGAUUUCCUUACAUCUCUCACAAACCCAGCCGAGCGCAUCGUCCGACAAGGCUUUGAAGGGAAAGUCCCUCGCACCCCCGACGAGUUUGCCAAAGCCUGGAACACUAGCAAUGCGAGGGCGCGUCUCAUGGAAGAUAUUGCCUCAUUCGAGGAACAGUACCCCGAGGAUGGAGUGCAGGUUGAGAAACUGUUGCAUUCGCGCAAGACUCAGAAGGCACCUUUGACGCGACCCAAGUCGCCGUAUAUUUUGUCACUGCCGAUGCAGAUCUGGCUCUGCAUGACUCGCGGUUAUCAGCGCCUUUUGGGAGAUAUGAUGUUCUUCAUCGUCACAGUUGGUGGCAAUCUCGUCAUUUCCAUCGUGCUCGGAAGUGUCUUCUAUGAUCUUCCGAAGGAUGCGUCGAGUAUCAACUCUCGCUGUGUACUGCUCUUUUUUGCCAUUCUGUUCAAUGCUUUGAGCAGUGCUCUCGAGAUUUUGUCUCUUUAUGCUCAACGUCCCAUUGUUGAAAAGCACCAUCGAUACGCCCUGUACCGUCCCGUUGCUGAGGCCAUAUCAUCCACCAUCUGCGAUCUCCCCUGCAAAAUUCUCUCGUCGAUCUGCUUCAACAUCCCCCUCUACUUCAUGGCCCAACUCCGACAAGAAGCGGAUGCCUUUUUCAUUUUUCUUCUUUUCAGCUUCACCAGCACUUUGACCAUGUCCAUGAUUUUCAGAACUAUUGCUCAGACUUCUAGGACUGUUCACCAAGCGCUCACACCAGCGGCUUUAUUCAUCAUCCUACUUGUUAUCUACACCGGUUUCAUCCUUCCUAUCCGAGACAUGCAGGGUUGGCUCCGCUGGAUCAACUACUUGAAUCCGAUAGGAUACGCUUAUGAGAGUCUAAUGGCAAAUGAGUUCAGUGGACGUCUGUUCCCUUGUCAACAAUAUGUGCCUGCUUACCCCGACGCCGGUCCGCUGGAGAGGACUUGUGGAACUCCCGGUGCGAGGCCGGGGGAAGACUUUGUCGAUGGUGGUUUUUAUAUCAACGCCAACUACGAGUACUCCAGGUCCCAUAUGUGGAGGAAUUUUGGUAUUCUUUGGGCUUUCAUCGUCUUCUUCUUCGGCGUGUACCUCUUGGCAGCCGAGUUCAUAACGACGGACCACUCAAAAGGAGAGGUCUUAAUUUUCCGGCGGAAAUUUGCACUUCUGAAUGCUCAAAAGAAGGAAGUUGAUGAAGAGAGUCCGAGUUGGGGGAAAGAGGCUAUGUCCUCCACGGGUCGAAUUACCCCAUCAGGCGCUCCCCCGACCACGGAUUCGGCCUCGAAGGACAUCUUCCACUGGAAGGACGUUUGUUACGACAUCACCAUCAAGGGAGAGCCUCGUCGGAUUCUUGACCACGUUGAUGCAUGGGUCGAGCCAGGAAAGGUCACAGCGCUGAUGGGUGUUUCGGGAGCUGGAAAGACAACGCUCCUGGAUGUGCUAGCAGAUCGAGUGACCAUGGGUGUUGUAACCGGGGAUAUCCACGUCAACGGCCUCCCACGAGACCGCUCCUUUCAACGAAAGACCGGAUACGUCCAACAGCAAGACAUACACCUCGAGACCAGUACCGUCCGAGAAGCCCUGCGCUUUAGUGCGGUGCUCAGACAGCCGGCUUCGGUGACAAAGAAAGAAAAAUAUGAAUGGGUUGAGGAAAUGAUCCAUCUUCUCGAGAUGGAGCCAUAUGCGGAUGCUAUUGUUGGAGUUCCCGGUCAAGGCCUGAAUGUAGAGCAACGAAAACGUCUAACAAUCGGCGUGGAACUUGCUGCUAAGCCCGACCUGCUUCUUUUCCUCGAUGAGCCUACAUCCGGUCUUGACAGCCAAACCGCCUGGUCCAUUGCCACGCUCAUUCGCAAGCUUUCGUUAAAUGGCCAAGCCAUCCUCUGCACUAUUCACCAACCAUCUGCCAUGCUAUUCCAACAAUUCGAUCGCCUUCUACUCCUGGCCAAAGGUGGCAAGACUGUGUACUUUGGUGAGAUCGGAGAGAACUCAAGCACUCUCACGGGUUACUUUGAACGGUUCGGGGCGGACCCCUGCGGUGCUGGUGAGAACCCUGCGGAAUGGAUGCUGAGUGUCAUCGGGGCUGCUCCGGGCGCCAAAGCUAAACGCGACUGGGUCCAAACUUGGAGAGAGAGCGCUGAGUACACUGAAGUUAGACGUCACCUUGCCGGUCUAGAGUCACGGGCACAGUCAGGCAGGACGCUCGAUCAAGAAGUACAAACCCCGGACGGAAAGCUCUCGGAACCGUCGACUUAUGCAGCUCCUUUCCACGUUCAACUUGCGGUGUGCUUAAAUCGAGCCUUCCAGCAAUAUUGGCGAACUCCGUCGUACAUUUACUCGAAAAUCGUUCUGUCCGGUGGUACCAGUUUUAUCAUCGGCCUUUCUUUCUACCAAGCCCCCUUAUCUAUGCAAGGUCUCCAGUCUCAAAUGUUCGCCAUUUUCAUGCUCCUCGUUGUCUUCGCCUUCCUCGUCUACCAGACAAUGCCGAACUUCAUUCUCCAGCGUGAGCAGUACGAAGCCCGCGAACGCGCCUCCCGCACCUAUUCCUGGCGUGCCUUCAUGCUCGUCAACAUCCUUGUUGAAUUGCCGUGGAACACCGUUGUCGCACUCAUUAUCUUCUUCCCCUUCUACUAUCUCGUGGGCAUGGAUAAAAACGCCGAGCCUACUGACGCCGUGACGCAAAGAGGGGGAUUGAUGUUUUUGCUCGUCUGGGCUUUCAUGCUUUUCGAGUCGACUUUCGCCGAUAUGGUCGUUGCAGGGGCGCCGACAGCAGAGGUUGGGGCGACAAUUGCGCUGUUGUUGUUUGCGCUCUGCUUGAUCUUUUGCGGUGUCAUCGUGCCAGUUCAGAGCCUACCUGGUUUCUGGGAGUUCAUGUACAGAGUAUCGCCAUUGACUUACCUCGUCGGCGCCAUGCUAUCCACAGGCGUCGCUCAAAUCGCCGUCUCAUGCUCGGAGCUCGAGGUCCUUCACUUCCUACCUCCACAGGCCGCCAACAUUACCUGUGGCGAGUACAUGGCUCCUUACCAGCAGUUGGCCAGCGGUACCGUACUCAAUCCCAGCAGCACCCAGGCCUGCGAAUUCUGCCCGCUCGCCCAGACCGAUGCGUUCCUGGCAUCCGUGAACAUCUUUUACAGCGAAAGGUGGAGAAACUACGGGCUCAUGUGGGCGUACAUUGUUUUCAAUGUGUUUGCUGCCUUGGCCCUCUACUGGCUAGCCCGAGUACCGAAGAGGAAGGCCGUACUUUUCCAAACCAAUACUCUAUAG